AUGUUCUCUGCCAUGCUGAUGGACGCCUACCGCGACGAACGCCCCGGGAUCCGCAUCGCCUACAGGACGGACGGUCACCUCCUGAAUCAACGGCGGAUGCACUUCAAAUCGCGCGUAUCCACAACCACAGUUCCUGAACUUCUCUUCGCCGACGACUGCGCCCUGAACAGCACCUCGGAAGAGGAGAUGCAACGGAGCAUGGACCUGUUCUCCGCCGGGUGCGAGAACUUCGGUCUGGUCAUCAACACACAGAAGAUGGUGGUGAUGCACCAACCGCCACCCAACUCGGCCACAGCCCCCAACGCGCCGCCGCAAAUCAGCGUGAAUGGGACCCAACUGCAAGUGGUGGAGAACUUCCCGUACUUGGGCAGUACUAUCUCCCGCAACACCAAGAUCGACGACGAAGUCGCCAAUCGGAUCUCGAAAGCCAGUCAAGCCUUCGGUCGCUUCCAAAGCACAGUUUGGAAUCGUCACGGACUUCAACUGAGCACGAAGCUGAAGAUGUACAAGGCCGUCAUCCUGUCGACGCCAAUGUAUGGAGCGGAGACUUGGACGGUGUACACAAAGCAGCCACGUCGUCUGAACCACUUCCACCUCAGUUGUCUUCGUCGCAUCCUGAGGCUGAACUGACAGGAUCGAAUCCCCGACACUGAUGUGCUGGAACGGACGGGUAUCCACAGCAUCUACGCCAUACUGAGGCAAAUUCAGCUGCGCUGGAGCGGCCACCUGGUGCGCAUGGACGACGAGCGACUACCCAAACGACUCUUCUACGGAGACGUCGCGACGGGUUCUCGCCGUCAAGGAGGCCAGAUUCGCCGUUACAAGAAUACACUGAAGUCCUCCCUGUAACGCCUGCAAAUCAACCCCGCCGACUGGGAGGAUCUCGCACUCGAUCGACCGACCUGAAGGAGGACAGUGAAGACAGGCGCUGCGAUCUACGAAGCCAACCGCAUCGCUGCUUCCAAAGCGAAACGGGAAGCCGCAAAUCACAAAUUCGCCCAGUAAGCAUCGCCGCCGCACAAUCGCUUCCAACGUGUCCUCGAUGUCAACGGACAUUCCGGGCUCGAAUCGGACUUGUUGGACAUCUUCGGAUUAACUGCGCCUCUCGAACGGCACCAACCGUCGUCCCCCCCCCCUGCCUCUUCCUCCUCCUCUCCGCCGCCAACUAACCCUGACAAUUCUUCUGACCCACCACUUCCAUCAUCCUCCUCCUCCUCCUUCUCAUCCUCCUCCUCCUCCUCUUCCUCCUCCUCCUCCUCCUCCUCCUCCUCCUCCUCCUCCUCUCCUCGCCCACUGCUCCAAUGGCGGCCGCUCAGGCGACUGUCCCACGCACAGCAACCGACACUACCUCCACCUUCCCCGGACUCCAGGUAGUAGGAUCAGGACUACACCUGCCCUCACUGCGACCGUACCUUCACCUCACGCAUCGGCCUGGUCGGUCACUUGCGAAUCCAUCGCACAGAGACUGGCGAACCAGUGACUGGAGCACCCACCUAUACCCACCAAGCUCGUCUCAACUGCCCACACUGUCCUCGCACUUUCAGGCAUCGCAAGAGCCUAUUCGGCCACAUGCGCAUCCACGACGACCUGCGGUAGACAACCGGCGGCCACACCACACAUUCAUUCACUCCCUACCUCCUCCUCCUCCUCCACCACCACCACCACCACCACCACCCCACCAGAAAUCAACACUCACACACCUCAUGCAACCAACUGCCACCUCCCACGCAAGUGGGAAGUCCGCAUCUCGACUCGGUCCCCAUGCGGCUUCGGCUGCACGGGUAACUUGAGUCCGAGACUAUCCCGACACGUCAAGCGUCGUGGAUUGGAAGGUUGCUGAUUGACGCCCGCUCUCGGUUUACGCAGUUCAUCGCGUUGUGUGUGUGUGUGUUCUGUGGUGUGGCGGACUGGUGGGCUGGGCGAGGGACUGAAUCAGCACCUUCCACGGCCCUCUCACGCAAGUGAGAGACACGCCGUUCAACCCCCGUUGUGUGUAAUCCUGGUGUUUGUGUGUAUGGGGGGCCAGGUCGUGCCGUGGCGCGCGCAGUCAUGGUCAGUCGGCCAUGACAGCCACCGCGCCCAUUCCCCACUCCAGUCUGCUGACCGGCUCGGACAGCGGCUGGUGUGUGGGAGUGGGAAGGGAGAGUGAGGUCGACGACUCAGCGCACUUUCUCCUUACUAUAAACAAUCUGACGCGCUUGAAGCCUCCUUGACCGGAGGCGGUCUGAGAGUCAGGCUGAAAUGGCUCCUUUUCAAUGUGGCCUUUAUGGCACUCCCAUCACAGUGUGGGAUCCAAACCAGGCGUUUGCGGCACGCCCAGGUGCGGCUUCGGUCCUGCCAGCCUUCAAAUCUCUAUUGUGUUGGUUGAAAUCCUGGUUAUUUGUUGUGUGCGCCAGGGGGUGUGGUGGAACGCCAAGGUGAGGUUCCGUCCUAGCCAUCCACCUGCGGCGUCUCUCGUCUCCGGUCUUCUUGACACUGUCUUGACACCGGGCUCUGGCGAGGGAGGAGGAGAGAGUGUAGGUAGAUGCUACGAAAGUCUACCGGAACUAUAAACCCCUGCGUAAGUCACCGUCCCUGCUCCCAUUGCUGCUGCAACUGUGGGGCACACGGUGGACAUCAUCGAAACCGAUGGUCGAACUGUCAUAGGGGGCUUAAAGGAACGGAACGUGAUGCAUAACUGAACGUGGCCGAAUUUGUUCACAUUAGGGUGGACACCUAUUGGAUCUUCUUAAAACUGCAAUGGGCGGGGCAACGGGAAAGUAUGUUAGUGAAAGAAUUAAGAGGACUCGAGAUUAAAUAGAGUAAAUUUCCUUUAUCAAUCCUUGUCAUAGUAGGAAGAUGUUCAUCAAGUGAUUCACCUCUGUAAUGCGGAGUUCUGGUUUCAUUUCCCUGUGUUCCUUGUGGUCUCUGCACAGCGCAGGAGGGGCCUGGCUGUAGCCUAAAUGGAAAUUUAGAUGGCACUAUUGUGUCCAAGGUACGGCCAAUGUCAACUAAGUGCUUUUUAAAUGAAAUCCUCUAGCAGCCUUUUCAGCUUGCUCAGAAUGCCCUUAGUAAUUCGACCUGGAACGGCGGUUGCACAUUGUCACGGAUAUUUCUAAAGAAUUUUCUCGCCUGACAUGGCGCUACCUAUGAAUGAUGUUUCAUCGGAAGGGCGUUGGGAAGGAAUCCAUGGGAAUAUGUUUUACGGCUGCUACAAAAUUUGACUGAACAUGGGACUAUAUCAGCACCAAUACACUGACAUUCACAAUCACCAAAUGGAUGGCGUAGGUCACGGAUUUGUAGCCGCAGUCCCGACUGCACUCAGUCACGAUCCGACAAAAGCGUCUGUGGUCCACCUCAUACAUGAGUACGCAAAUGCUCCUUACUCUGUUUCCGCACGUUAGUCAAGGAUGUGAUUUAAGGACUAAGGGCAGCAUUAAGUUCAAAUUGCCGUAGUUAAGACAGUCCCCUAGUUCGCCAUAUGUUAUUUCCUUAAAUAUCAGAUAGGAAACUGCCACAACAGUACCUCGUUCUUUACAGAUCAAUGGAUUGCCUACGAAGCAAUCAUAUACAAAAAUAUUUUAAUAAUUUUAAUCCACCCCGCAUGUACGACGUACACGGAAAAUGUGGAAUCUGGCUUAAUAAAUGUCGCUUUUUGUUCGGCAUGAUAAGCCCCUUACUGUGCAGAGAUACCUAGCGAUUUGAGUAGAUGAUCAGUCUUGCAACAUAUCAACCAAAAUUAAUAAAUCAUUUUACAACUAGAAAUGACAAAUAAAAAGUCGUUGUAAUAUUGAAAAAAUGUGGUACAUUUAAGUGAUAUUUCUCACGCCUCAAUAUUGGUAUUUAGGUGCAUUUCUUUCCGACCAUCUUCAUAUGCCGCAUCGAGUAAGUGACGACUGCCUAUCUACAAUAGAUCAUCUUCAGCGUCAUUUUACGUGCAUAUAAGUGAAAAAUAUUUUACCUAAUACAUGCACGAAAAUAUUUCUUCAAAACACUUUCGGCAGUAUAGUACAUGAUCUGUUAAUAUUGUGCCCUAUUAGAAGGACAUAUUUUGGGUCUCAUAGUGUUUAAAAUUAAUUGUUUUUUAAACUCCAGUUUCAAUUUAAAUGGCAUCGAAUCUGUUUGUUUAAAAAUAAUGAGUGCAUAUCAUAGCUCGCAUUCGUUAUAACACUUUGUGAGUAAUAUGCGGCAUUUUCUUAAUGACAUGAAUUAAUGCAUGAUUUUUCAUAAGACGAACAUGUGCAGUUUGAAGACUGAAAAUCCUGACUACGAAUGAACGGAAAAAAAAGCCCAACACUCUUCCCAGAAUCGAAAACAAUUUGCUAACUUAAAACAUACCCUCUAUUCGACUGUACAAUCUGACAUUGAGGAAAAAAUAAAGUCUUUAUACAAGACCCCUAUAAAACACAUUUUAAUUGAAAAAAAUACAUCGAAAAUGGAUAUGGGAAAUGCCUAAUACAGUAGAUGUCCUACCUCAUAAAAUGCUAACGAACAUUACUAUAUCCGUUUUGGAUACGAGUAGAUUACGCACUUAAGGCUAUAGUGUUUACUUCCUUUCAACAUAAUCUUAAGAUAUUUUAAUUACUCCGGGAUGCCAGUUUUUGAUCAAACGUAAUUCUGGCCGUCUGGAAUUUUAAACUGUAAUAAAUGAUUAAAAAAUUAUUGCAACAGCUUCUCAUUGACUUUUGAUGUCCUUAUAAAUUAAAGCAUAUUUUACAGGAAAUAUGCAUAUAAGUGCUCAUUGUUUUAUUUCUUUGUUAGGAACUUACACUCAAAAAGGUUAUAAUUUGGUUUUGUACAGUUUAUAAGACCAUAAAUCAACGUGUCUCCCCAGUUAGCAAUGUUGCCCGCCCAGUUAAUGAUAUGACUCAUAUCCAUUGCCAACUGUUAUUGAGUUUACACAGCUUCUCAUUGACUUUUGAUGUCCUUAUAAAUUAAAGCAUAUUUUACAGGAAAUAUGCAUAUAAGUGCUCAUUGUUUUAUUUCUUUGUUAGGAACUUACACUCAAAAAGGUUAUAAUUUGGUUUUGUACAGUUUAUAAGACCAUAAAUCAACGUGUCUCCCCAGUUAGCAAUGUUGCCCGCCCAGUUAAUGAUAUGACUCAUAUCCAUUGCCAACUGUUAUUGAGUUUACACGUUCUCCUCUUAAUAACGUAUAGAAAUUAUGAUUCUUGGUACAAAAACGAUAUGCCGUUCGUGCUUUGGAAACCCAGAAUGCAAAUGUACCGGCAGGGAAAUGUCGAAAACUAUUCCUGUAUACGAAACGUUUUUAAUGCGGAUUUAUGCAUUUUCUUCGAGUAAACCGUAUGAAAAAGACCUAAUUUGCCUUCUGAAGAUAUGAAAUAGGGUGCAUUCUUCUGCGCAUUUUCCAUGGAAUAUGUUUGCAAUGCUCGACUCGAAAGGAUUGGUUAUAAAGCUCGUCGAGAAAUUUUGUAGUCGACAAACGAAAUGUCAAUUACUUCGAAAUAACCACCCAUGAAUCGCUAAUUCUAAUUGACAUCAUAUGCAGCGUAAUAGAAAAUUUUCAGCGAUUCCUUCCUUCCCCCUUUAUCGUUACAGGAUUUUUUAAAUCACGUGCAUUUUUGAAUCAUAGUUAGGUAUGCUUUGCGAGGUGCGUCAGUUGUAAUAAGAUGUCAUGUGUCUGGCGUGCGUUCCAUCACGCAGCAUCCAGGGACAACAGGCCAGGCUGUUAGAUAGAACGCCAUCAAUUCCGUAAUCCUGCCGUUUUCUUUCCAAGAUUAAUCAUUUACGAGUUGAUGAAAGGAAGGUGUGUCCUUCUAAAAAGGGAUAAAAACAUAGUCAUACUGCCCGCUGACAAAGAUCGUUCCACGGUAGUGAUUAACAAAUCUUAUUACCGGAAGGAAGCUUUGUACCUACCUGACGAUCCACAGUGCAAUAACAUGUUUCCAACCAGUGAGAUCAUAAAUCUGCUUACUUAAAUAAACAAAUGUCCGGCAAAACUUAGAGCAAAUGGGACAAUUACAGCUAAAGAUUGAUUUUGUAUGAAACUUUCAGACUUUGCCACAACGCGGUUUUACGGUUUGGCGAACGUACACAAAUUGAACAUACCGAUAUGUCCAUUGUCCCUCUACGUGGCAUUCCUACAUACGGUUGGGCAAAAUAGAUGUUUUCUUGCCUUUUUUCCUGGCGGAAGGUAUGCAAGCAACAGCGGUUUCCGCCGAUCAGUUGCCUGAACAUUUGAUACGUCUGAAACUAGAACCAGAUAAAUCAGUGGUACAUAUAUAUGUCGUCAAAUCCUGAACUUGAUUCCAUAAGUACUAGCUAUGAAAUUGUGAUAAAACUCUUAAUUGAAAAGUUAAAUUAGUAAACACGUGUUUUCGGUAACUCUUCAUCAGGCCAAAACGGUUACAUAGAAGUUUAAGUGAGGCGAGUUAUAUGGCUUAUAAGUGAUUCGGGGGCAAUUCCCAUCCAUCGCUCCCACGCCAAUCAUCGUCCCCACGCCACUCGCAUGACGAGGCGUGCUAUGGCGUGGUCGACGUGUCGUGGUCAUUGGGUCAAGGGGACGAGGGAGAGGGGGGCAUAGGCUGUGAGCACGUCGGGUACGUUGUGCACACACCCUGCCACCAGAAGGUUGAGGCGACGUUGGGGGCGGCGUUGGCCACAGAAGUCAGAGCGCCUGUGUCAGAGUCUUCUGACAGCAUAACACUGCACUGGCUAGUCGUAUAGCCACUGCCUCGGCUGUAGCUAGCACCUGUUGGCGUAGGCCUCUGGAGAAGCUCGCUGGUGUCCGGUAGACUACCUAAAAGGCUUCUUUAGCGUCGGCUCGGUGAUUCGUAACGACAAGAUGUGCGAGAAUAGAACUCGAGAUCGAUUUCCAUUCACCUCUGACUAGCCAAUCCAGUGUGUGUUCACGUACUCUCUUUUCCAGGCGCCUCGUUGUACAGCCAAUUUAUCCCGCUCCACCGGAGCAAGUGAAUGAAUAAAUACUCAUCAAUGUGGCCUGCAACGGGAGUCGGUCUUUACUUCUCAAGCGUAGGAGGGGAGAGUUGGUGAAAGAUGCACGUAAGUUUGCCGCGGGGAAAGCGCUAGUGAUCGCUCUCUUCAGACGUCUUCUUAAUAGGUCACUUUCUGCGUCCCCUUAAAAAGGCAAUGGCGUGGGAACGAUGAUUGGCAUGGGAAUGAUGGAUUUUGAUUGUCCCCGAAUCACGUAUAAGCCAAGUAAUUCGCCUACCUUAAACUUCUAUGUAACCGUUUUGGCCUGAUGAAGAGUUGCCGAACGAGAAUACCUUCAUUACCUCCUUUGGGCCGAUUGAUACACAUGCUACUUUAUCAAGUUUAGAAAGCGCCGAGUAAACAGACGACGACCAUAAGAACAAUCAGAAGUCUGGAAGGCAAUUCCUUGCAUUAAAAGAGUCCCCGAGACGCUUUCACGACUGCUACAACCCGCCAGAUUAGGCAUUGCCCAUCGACCCCAGGCAACGAUUCGUCGCCGUCUGAUGCCAUCCAAAUACAUACUCCCACCCACUGAAACCCAAGUAACUGUCUAUCAUAUACCUUGUAACGAUGAAGACUGCAAAAAAGGUUGGGAACAAGGACGAGAAUUGCAUUCCCGCGCAAAUGAGCAUUAACUGACAACUCAGAGACUGGACCUAUGCUCUCUGGUCACGUUUCACAUCGGAGAAACUGGCCACAGUUUUGACUUUAGAGUAGCAGCCAUCUUAGUCUGGGGCACUUCAAGGACAGAACGUCUCACACUUGAUGGUUGGUACUCAGCUGUCAACGCCGUCAAUAUGCAUCUAGUCCUUACUGCGACCAAUAAAGUCUUACGUCCCUACAUACGUCAUGACAGGGACAAGACAUUCCUACGGAGCAUGAGUUUACCCAACAAACACGGCCCGUCGACUAAUACAUACAAAAGGGGGGAGCAAUCGCAACAGAGCCCAAUUCAGGUGAUGAUAAAUGACGUAGUAGGGCACCAGCGCUCACAAACAACGUCCAGUAGGCCAAGGCAGCGAAAGGGAAAUAGUUGGUUACCUCAAGGCCAGUUACUUUGACUUUCUGUUCAAAAUUCUAGUCAAUUUUUGCACUAGAGGCCUUGAAAAUGAAGAGCUGGCCAAACUGUUCGAAACGUCAGCAAGACAAUUCCCUGGAUCCGGUUACCACUUGUUUUUCCUCAGCUUACCGACCCAGAUCUCCUACGUUUGCUUACCUUAGAUGCCUCCACUAUAUUGGAGCUAGAUUCUCUUUUUCUAUUAUAUGCCGUGUCGAUUAUAGAUUUUUCUAAAAACGCCAAAGUGGUUACACUCCCUGCUUUAGUAUUACAGUUUUACUUUUUGCUAUAGAAUACAACAAACUCGUCGGAUAUCUACCCGAAUUUAUGUGGGUUUAUGAUGACUGAGAAUUACUCAGACUCGGACUAAAUCGCAUGCGAUGUCGUUACUGUCUCUUCUUGUAACUGGCACCUUCAAUUUUUAGUCAUUGUUUUGUCGCGGAAAAUGAGCGCGCGAUUGCAGCGGGAUAUGUCAGCACGUCUGUUGAUAGAGGUUACGUUAGCCACCCAGGUCUCCAACCGUUCUCAUCCUGUCUUUUUGCCGUCCCAUGCUACUCUCCGCGUUCUCGUGAUGCUGAAUUCGUGGCCUUUAUCGUGGGUUUGAACUGCGACCUCAGACAGCGGGUCGCCUCUCUGGACUGCGCGUUUGGGCUCCGUCCAGCCACACAAACGUUGCAUGAUCAUCCUAAACCAAGUUUCAGAGUUGGCAGCGAGGUUAUUUACUGUUGCUACCUAAGUCCAUUGGUCACACGCGUAAGGCAUGAUAUUCGAAAUGUAAUUAUUUGACACUCUGAAUACAUUACCAAGGCGUCGUUUCAAGUGUCAUCGUCGAUUAUGUCGCCAUAGCGGUAGUGUGAGCUAUUCGACGAUUAAAUUGUACGUUACGGAGGUGACAAGCUUCAAGAACCUCAGAAAUUAGACUCAGGGGAGCCAUGAAACUACUUGGCUUUACGACGCUACGGUCAGCAUAACGAUCCACACAGUCAAGUAACUCAAAUCACAUACAUGCUUGUUUGACAACGUAGUAGCACAAACCGCAUUCAAACCUAAUUACAUUACUCAGUUUUCGAUUACACCAGAAUUCGACGUCAGUGCGGCGGAAGUAUCAAGAGGAACAAUGUAAUUUAUCAAGUUCUGGUUGAUUCUCUACCAGAAACGUCAGGAAAUAAAACUGCCGUUUACAAAAGGCCUACUCCUGGCAUGCUCCAAGAUUUCGGAUUCAUUAUCCAACUUGAUGAUCUUUUAUGUGAUAUACACUAUGUUCGUCACGAUGAAAUUAAUAUAUCAACGGAAAAUUUUGUUGAGCUACUAAACAAAUAUAAGGGAUCAUUUUUUCGGCCGAUGUGGCUGUAAUGGCAUUUCAGUUAGCUUUUCGAAAAUAAUGCAAAGAGAACUGUUAGCGUUAAAUGACGAGGACGUUAUGCAGGGCUCAUGUCAAAAUUCUAAGAGCUCCGAUUCUAAAUUAACCAUUAGUUCGUUGACGAAUAUUACAUACGUAUAUGUGUCCUACUGUCGCAUAUCGCAAAAUCGAUGUUGGAAGUGAAAACCCCUCCAUUCUGUCAUAUUGCAUGUCAUUAAAAAGACGCAACUACUUAGGGCAUGUUAACUCUCGAAAGAUGGUUGUAGAGCAUGCUCAAAUUUGCAUAAGUUCACGUAUCAAAAUACUGAAUAAAUGUAACAAUUUUUUAUGAGCAAUUCAUUUGCAUUGUCAGAGCAAUCGGUGUACCUCCUAUAGUCAUUGUUUAGUCAAUAUCAAGCAGAAUCUACCAUAAGGCAAUUCUACGAACAAUGCCAAGUAUAGAAAGGGUAAAUAAUCUACUUGGAUAGAUUUAAAAAUGUGAGCGCAGUUGAAAUAUUUCAUAUUUUUAAACGGCAAAUAUUUUACGAGCAAAGGUCGUGCCGAACUCGUUGUGAAACGCUUAUUGAAGCAUAAUUUUCAAGGAACGUAGACCGCAAGGUCAGACUACGCGUUCGUUCUCUAGGCCCUUUUUGAAAGCCCCUUUAAUGGCCAAUAAAAAAUUCAUUUUUAAAUGACAAGCAUAAUGCACAAACUUGAACAAUUCGUCUCACCCAGGUUACACAUUUAACACUUGGAUGAAGGGAGAAGAUGCAUGACUGUUGCGGAUCUUGGACAAAUCAUUAAACGGGAGAGAGCCCAUCCUGUUGACAUCCGUCUUCAGGAGAACUGAGCACAACUAAUUGGCGUACCAUGCAUUGAAGGGUAGGCACUUCAUUUUGAAUGAGAAUAUGUAGGCGGUGCCAGUUGGCAAAAAUGCCCGAAGGUAUUGUCAUUUGGCCACAUAAAUGGGCUAAAUAGCCUGUACAUCAACUGUGUAUCUGUCAACGACUUCUUGAAAUGGUGCCAAAAUAUGUGUCGACAUAGUAAUAUCUUUCCCGUCCUCAUCAACUCUCUUUGUCAUGAAUGUGCAUACAAAUGCGCGAAUUUCAUUUGACCCCAGUAGCUUCAAAUGGUUAUUUUGAUGAGCCACCCGUGCUGACAGAAAGAAGACUUACACACUGAGGGGAAAAAAUUCAAAAUUAACAAACUUAUAUUUUAACAAUGUAUUUGAGCUAUACAAGCGAAUAGAAGUAUCAUUGGAUUAAUGUGUUCAGGAGACAUGUUAUAAACGUGAAUGAUAAUAGAAAAUCAAGCAAGCGCACCAACGCCUUAAACUGCAGUUGGAGAUCACAGACGGUGAGUAAUUUAAGGAAUUCCACGGUGAGAAUCUCGAGUAACAGGAGUUUGAAAAAUGCAGUUGUGAGGGCUUCCAAAUGUUUUCCCCCCUACUCGACGUUAGACCCAUCCAGAUUUACUGUGACAUAGCUAAAAGCCAUGUCUGCGAGUGGUGGCCGGUGUCACUCGAGGAUGCAGUCAGCUGUCGCUUCGAAUGUUUGAAAAUUUGAGGACGGGAUAUUCAGCGAAAUUUAACUUUGCGCCAAAGAGGUCAUCCGCUAGUGGAAACAAGAGGUGAAUACCGUAAUAUAGAGGAAUUUGCGAUAAUUCCAGUUUAUAUUUUACUCAAAUGAGUAUAACUGUCCUGCGUUUAGUCGAAGGUAAGUUUUAGGGGUAGAAAUUGAUGUAGUCUCAGGGUUAAUUUAAAAAUUCCGUUUAAAAUAAAGGCUACGUUUAUGCUCAUGCCUGCACUCAAGGUUUACUUAUGGCCAGGAUACAAGAAAAAAGCCAUCCUGGAUUUUGCUGCAGGAGCAUGGGUAUUAUAUAUAUUACAUAUGGUUAAUAAUGCGGUCUAACCGGAAAAGGUUUGCUGGUUCGGUAGUCAAGCCCAACAAACACUUUGAUGGUAGCAGCUAUAUGCAACCCACGGUAAUGUCCUUUAGAAAGGUCAAUUUACAUUUAUAUGACAAAUCUUAUGUUACAGCACUUAAAUCUGUUUUAAUAAGCAUUGGCAAAGGAGCCACGACAUGAUGGAAGUAUGUAUCCGGAUUCGCUACCAGAGCAAGGCAAAACUAGAUUCCAGGGUAAGCAGCCGCGUCGCAAUGUCUCUGAGGUACACGACUUCUUGGUCCACAGUGUCUGUGCCGGAUAUCGGCUGACCGGUUUGCUCAGUGAUCACGACGCUUAUCGAUGCUUUUCAGCGGUUUCAUGGUUAGGUUAUUUGUCUAUCGCGCCGUCACCGAGAGAAAAACAAAACGUUAUCUGUUGGCUGAACAGUCGAAGAAGUGCAGAUAAAAAAGCGAAACCUGUUAAAAAUAAUGCAAUAGGGUGGGGACAACUUUGCAUGCAUGUUGCAAUGAACUGAAUUGAAACGAAAGGCGCAUGUACGAUGCUGUCUGGGCAGGGCAAGGUCUUAAAAAGCUCAUGAUAAGAAACAUUUUAAAGUCUAAUUAUGCACUUUCUCACAGUAUGCAAUGUUAAUGCAGUGUGAUUUUCUACCAAACGAGUAAAAGAAAGCUCUUUUCGGUGUGUGUCCCAAUUAAGUAUAUUUGAGUUUAUAAAACCAUCGAAAACCAAUUUGAGAAUGCGUGCUUCUUAAGUAGUGCUUUUUCAGCAGGAGGCCAAGACGAUGUGUACUAGAAAACCGUCAACCAGACAAGUCCAAAACAUAGUAGGAUUAUGCCACACGAUAAGCAAUAUUACAACUCUACCUAGGCGAUCCUUCCUAACGAAUGCACAUUUCAGAAUUUCGGCUGCAUUUCAUUAGGUCCGUCACUCACUGUAAAUGUUUAGUUUUAGUCUGUGGCAUUUCAAGACACAAAUCUCCCCCGUGUUUCUCGACCGUCUUCUCACCACUGACGCGAGAUUGCGCUUGCUAUUGCUGGAUGGAGGCAUCAGUGUUUGUUUAAGGGCAACCAUCUCUCCUCUCACUUCGUAAGCCAGAUUGACUUAUGUUUGAUAACAUGCAUAAAUGCCGGAUCCGGCGAGAAAGAUAUCACCAUACUGACCACUGGAAAUGAGGUUUUUUACUGACCCAUCACAUCGAGGGUCAUUGCGCAUCACAAUAAACGACUUCGCGGUAUGUCCUGAUCUCUAGAGGUGUCGUGAUAUGUUCGCAAUCCCACUACUGGUUAUAAUUAUCAUGAGAAAUUUUCGGAGUGAGAAACACAAUGUAAUUCAGUAUCCUCGAAUGGCUCUUUCUGAUUGACGUCAGCAGCAGAAUGCUUGACAUAUUUCAGCAUUCCUGCAACUCAUUCUCAUAACGACAUUUGUCGAACCACGCAAACUUUUGAAUCAGAACUUGGCAAAUUGAGUAACAUGCGUAAAACCUAAUAUGACAUCGUGUGUCAAAUCUGCGCACAUUUACGCAGAUUCAGAGGGCUAUCAAAAAUUACGACGUCACUUGGAGUAGUCCUUCAAUUUGAUAUUUCUGGAUUAGCUAUAUAGGAGUUAAUUGGGUUAAUGCCCCGAGGUGUGCUUAUCAAAUGACUGAAUAAGAUUAAAAUCUCCCCAAAUAGUCAUACGCAGGUCAAAUAAAUUUUAGGCAUUUACAAAAUAAGUCUGUGGAGAAUCAUUUGCUAAAAAGCGUCGAAAAGAUGACGGAUUGGUGAAUGGGCACUUACCAAUCGUGUUACAAACUCACUCGUCUUGGUGUUCCUUGUGUUCUUUUUCGAACCCCGACCGCAACUGCACAGUGGCGGGUAGUAUAGGUAAAACAGCAUUAUUCAAAAAUGAAAUAAAGACUGAAACGACCAUUUCCGGUUUAUUUGCCGUCGCCAGCCAGCCAUACCUAACCCCGAGGCGUCUAACUGGGCCUUAUUAUAAGGUCAUUUAUCGGAAUGCCAACACAUUCUUAUACGUAGUAGGGCAGCUGAGUUCUGGCUGCUGUCGUUGUUAGCAUAUUGUCACUGAGGCACCGCACAGAAAAAGCAAAAUCAUCGGCAUUCGCAGUCACUAAACAAAUGAUGACGGUCACGAAUUGACAACAUUCCAGUCGGCAUUCAUGAAGGAUGCGUUGGAAGCCGUUUACGAGCCACCUGAUUGUACAGCGCUCAAAUGCAUCUAUGUUUAUUAGCGCUUGUCGGUCAAUGUUGAGACUGAGGGGGUAAAGGCAAUGUUUCUUAAAAACUGUGUGUUAUCAAUGCUUCCUUACAUAUUCCCCUAAGCAAUUUUGCAAAAAUUCCUUUAACUGGUUAACAGUCAGAAACCUGCUUGGGCAAUAACCAGUUAUCUGCUGCUCGCUCAAUAGUUGGCGUCCUCCCCCCUUCUCCUCUCACCACUUCUGUAUCCCUUCUCCUACACUUCUACUGUCCGACCUCCACACUUCUCCCGCUUCUGCUCCGCUUUUCCCCUCCCCAAUUCUUCCUCCUCAUUUAAUAGUCACUCUCUCCACUCUCUUCCCUCAUUGUUGGAAGACCUACAACGAGGGCGACAUACCAAUUCGAAGGCGGUCCAGAACAUUGGUCGUUCUCGAACUAAAUCCCGUGACCAAUAAUGGGGGACGGUAUCCGUUGGUGUGGCAAGGUAGCCCUAUUUAGGGAGACUACUGCUACUCCCCUCGGAUGGAGAGGGCUAUAACAUGUGCCCUAGACAAAGCUGGGUUUACGACAUCUGCACGCAGUCUGUGGCCUGCAGACUACUACAUAUGCCAUUGAAAUCACCAAAACAGUAACAACAGCGCAUAUCUCUUACCCUUCGCCGCCCCUACAGGAUGCUAGGGGGAGUCCGCUUACUCUGGCAGCCUACCAUGUUCGUUCUCUUUUAGACAAUUCCAAGAACAAACGACCAGAACGAUGCAAGAAGGCGGUUGCUCGGGAAUUGGUGCUCCAAAAGGUGCACAUCGCGGUUCUCAGCGAAACUCAGUUCCUUGAACAAAGCCAGUUGGAGGAGUUUGGCAUUGGUUAUACCUUCUCCUAGACCGGCCGCCCAAAGGCAGAGCGACGAUAUGCGGCCUUUGCCUUUGCUAUCGGCCCGAACAUCGUGGGACGUCUCCCUUAUCUGCCUCAGGGCAUCAAGGACCGACUGAUAAGUCAGUGCUUACCUCUUUGGGAAUUUAUUUCCGCCUCCAUCAAUAGCGCCUACGUCCCCAUUAUGACCGGUACAAGCGAGGCAUGCCCAGGUCCUACGAAGAUCUCCGCACCCUCCCGGCGUUUUGUGACGAAGGUUGAUAAGUUGAAUGCCCUUGGUGAAUUUAAUGAUCGCGCCAGCACGGACCAUGCUGCCGAGAGAGAAGUGCUCGGUCCUUAUGGAAUCGAUGGCUGCAAUUACAAUGGCUUCAUUCUCCUGUGA